AUGCUUGAAAGGAUAAACAAUUGGCCUGAAAUUAAUGGGAAUACUAAUCUUGAAAAAAUCACUCUAGAUACUAUAAAAUUAAAAUAACUCAAUGGAUUGUAAUAUGAAAAUCCUGUAAUAACUAAUAAAUGCUUGCAUUUAAAAGAAUGUUUUGAAUUAAAGGAAUUUGAAGUUUAGAUUAACAAUAAUUAACCAUUUGUUUGUAAAAUCUGUAAUUAAAAUGCAUAAUAAUAUUCUGAUCUAAUGUGGGAUAUUAGAAAUCAUGCUUAUGAAGAAUUUCACGAAUUUGUUGAUGAAAUUCACAUCAUUUAUGGAUGUAUGGUCAAUAAAUAUUAGAGAAAUAAUAAAUAUAUAGACUUAUUCACUAAAUUUGGCAUUAAGGAACAUUUUUUGAAAUUAAUAAGGUAAAGAGAUUAUUAGACAAAUUUAAAGUCUCUAAUUGAAAAGAAUGUCUUUUAAUAAAAAGCAUUUUAACUUUACUGUCUUUUAGAUUUUAUAAAAAUUAAUAUUCCUAUUAGAAUAAAAGGAUGA